AUGGAGCCCUCUAGAUCUUUGGCCAAAAAAGCAACACCUGGAAUCAAAAAAGAUAAACAACGAGCUACUAUUUUAUUAUGUACAAAUGCCACAGGUACUAUUAAGAUAAAACCGUUAGUAAUUCAUUACUAUAAAACACCUAGAGCAUUUUCAAGAACUACAAGAGAUGAUUUAGACAUGCUAGUUCAUUAUUAUUUUAAUAAAACAGCAUGGAUGAACACUGUAGUAUGGAAUAGUUUUUUAACAGAUCUAAAUUCCCAAAUGGAAACUCAAAAUAAAUCUAUUUUACUUUUAUAUGACCAAGCUCCUUCACAUUGUAGUGAUUUUAGCUUAACCUCUUCAGAAUUAUCAAACAUUACUCUUCACACAUUACCUUCUCAUACAACAGCUCAUCUUCAACCAUUAGAUGCUGGCAUCAUUCAUUCAUUUAAAUGGCAAUAUAAGGUCAAUGCACUAAUUAAAGCAUGCAAUCUAGAAAGCGUUUUAGAAGAUUUAUUAGUACUAUCAACUCCAUCAACACCAUCAUCAGAUAGUACUGUUACUGGUGAUUUAAUUAUAACUUCACAAAAUGAAGAAAAAAUUAUUCAAAAUUUAAUUGAUAAAUUACCAUAUAAUAAUAUGUUAGAUGCAAAUGAAUAUAUUAAUAUUGACAAUUUAUAUGGAAGUGUUGAUUUAACAAAUGAAGAAAUAAUUGAUAUAAUUCAAGAUAAUUCAAGUGAAAUAGUAGAAGAACCAGUUACAAUUGAAAGUGCAAUUAACG